AUGAUGACACCGAUCGACGAGCGGCAGCCUUUGUUGCUCCCCGUCGUUGGCAUCGUCAGGGAGGACGCGGAUGGUGAUGAUUUAAAUGCAACGACGGGGAAACAUCACCAAACGCCCGGAGGAGACGACAGAAACACGACGACUCAAAGCGCGAGUAAACCCGCGCACGCGAUUAAAAAAGUCCUCCUGAUAACCCUGUGCAUAUGCGUGCUCGGGUUUUUGGCGUGCGUCUCCCUGGCGUCGCUGAACAAAACGAACUCGUCCGGGAAAACAUCCAACGGGUUAGGGAAACGCAUCAACGAGAAGAAUCUCUCCUGGAGCGCGGACGAGAAGAUGGACGCGGUCGAACGCGUGACCAACCCGGGUGGGAGACGGUCGAAGAAGAAAGAUUCGUCUCAAAUCGCGUCCGGUUUUUCUUCUGUGGCGACGAGUUCGAGCAGUUCUUCUGUUUCGUCGUCCUCGAGUAAAGAUUUGAUAUCGAAGAAGAGCAACUCGAGAGGAGGAGGAGGAGGAGGAAACAAAGUGCGCUGGGAACUCUCCGAGUACGCCUCGAAAGACGGGAAGCAAGAGAGCGAAAGGAAACAAAAACAGGCGAAUUUAGUCGAGGUUCUGAAAGAGAAUCAAAUCGUCAACGAGGAUAAAGAGUACGAAAAGCCAAAGAGGCGAGAGCAGAGAAUACCAACGGCGAGGAGUGGUAGCAGCGGCAGUAGUACUCCUACUACUCUUUCUCCUCCUCAAAAGGGAGAGAAGAAAAGCAACAACAACAACAACGUCGAUUAUUUAGGCAUGUCGUCGAACGAAUACGCGUGGGAACCGCCCUCGGAUUUACCGGAAAGUUUUGACGCGAGAGAGAAAUGGCCGGAGUGCUCGGAAUUUAUCGGCGAAGCGUGGGAUCAAGGCGAGUGCGGAUCGUGUUGGGCGAUUGCGCCGACCAAGGUGAUGAGCGAUAGGUUGUGCAUCGCGAGCGGAGGCAAAGUGCAAGAGCGAUUGGCGGCGUCGGAGAUUUUGUCGUGCGGUCAGUUGGUGUCGGAGUUUUCAUUCGGGUCGUGCGAAGGUGGGAUGCCGGACGACGCGUACGAGUUCGCGAAAGAGUUUGGUGUCGCUAGUGGUGGAAAGUACGGGGACGAGAAAGGGUGCGCGGCGUACCCGUUCCCGCCGUGUCAUCACCCGUGUCACGUGCAGCCGACGCCGGCGUGCCCGCUGAAAUCGGACACAGCUCAGUGCCAAGGCGAUUUGGACGAACACACUAGAAAUGAAGUCGCGCAGCACAUCGAUAAGUUGAUCCACUGUCCAGACGGUGAUUACGAUUGCAUGGCGAGGGAGAUUUAUAACAGCGGACCUGUGUCCUCGUAUGCCGGGACAAUUUACGACGAGUUUUAUGCGUAUAAAGACGGGGCGUACAGAACGAGCGCGGAUUCAGAGACAAGAGGUCGAUCACACGGUGGGCACGUGAUUGAGGUCAUCGGUUGGCACAAAGAAUCAGACGGGACGUACUCGUGGAAAAUUAUCAACUCGUGGUUGAAUUGGGGGAAGAAAGGCCACGGGCGAAUCGCGGUCGGGGAGUUAUCCAUCGGCGACUCGGUCGAAUCGGCGACGAUGUUAGCGGAUACGAAUGUUGCCCGGUGA